AUUGGCCGAAAAUGGCUGAUGACGUGCGCAAGUACGUGUCCUCCUGCACUGCCUGCCAGAUCAUGAAAUCGUCGCAUCAGCGAGCAGCCGGACUACUACAGCCGUUGGAUCCGCCUGAGCGACCCUGGCAACACGUCACGAUGGACUACGUGACAGGACUGCCGGCCGGCCCCAGCGGAAACGACGCCAUCCUCGUGGUCGUUGACCGACUCACAAAAAUGGCGCACUUCAUCGCCUGCCAACAGACAAUCACCGCCGAAACUGCGCAGCUGUUGAUCACGAACGUCAUCCGCCUGCACGGACUGCCCUCCGCCAUCAUUUCAGACCGAGACCCAAAAUUCACAUCGAAUUUCUGGCGCCACCUGUGGGACCAAUUCGGCACCAAACUCCAAUUUUCAUCCACCUACCACCCACAAACCGACGGGCAGACCGAACGCGUUAACCAAACCAUGGAGCAGCUCAUUCGCACCACCUGUACUGACCCAUCGACAUGGGAGAAAUCUCUUCCGCUACUAGAAUUCGCGUAUAAUAACGCGACCUCAGCCACAACCAAUCAAUCCCCAUUUUUCCUCAACUACGGACAAGACCCGUGACGUCGUAUUCUCAUUAUAGUACAUUGA